AUGGCAUCCCCCAAGAAAACUAACAACAGAGGAGCAUGGACCGUGGAGGAAGAUCAGAGACUAGCUCAAUGCAUUGAAAUUCACGGUGCAAAGAGGUGGAAAACUGUUGCACUUAAAUCAGGUCUAAACAGAUGCGGAAAAAGUUGCAGGUUGAGAUGGUUAAACUAUCUGAGACCCAAUAUCAAGAGGGGCAACAUAUCAGUUGAAGAAGAGGAUUUGAUUAUCAGGCUUCACAAACUACUAGGAAACAGGUGGGCAUUGAUAGCUAGGAGACUUCCAGGGCGAACAGAUAAUGAAAUCAAGAACUACUGGAAUACUUGUUUGUGCAAAAAAGUUAAUCAUCAGAAAAUGGUGAAACCAGAAACUUCAAUGGCGCAACCAACACAUUCGACUCAGAAUACUGAGGAAAAAGUAGCAGUAGAGCAUAAAGAAGCCACUUGUGAUGGAAGUGGGGACUCAGAAGUUAACUUUGAUGUCAACGAAUUCUUCAACUUCUCCAUUGAAGGACUCUAUGGGUAUUUAUGUGGCCAUAAGUGGAGUCAAAAAUCCAUGUGUUGUGGUGGUGGUGGUGGAUGUGGUGCUGAUGGUGGUGUUCGUGGUGUUGGUGAUGUUGGUUAUGGUCGUGGUCGUGGUGGUAGUAGAUGUGAUGGUGGUGAUGUUGGUUAUGGUAGUGGUGAUAGAGAUUAUGGUGUUGGUGGUGAUUGUGGUGGUGGAGACAGUGGAGGUGGGGAAAAAACUUAUGUGUAG